AUGAAUGUUCUAUCAUAUUCCAUUAACACAUUAAAAGGGUUAUAUGAAAUAUCUGGUGUGGAAGUAGGCCAGCAUUUCUAUUGGAAAAUAGGCGGUUUCCAAGUCCAUGCCCAAGUACUUAUUACUUCUUGGGUUGUAAUUGUUAUCUUAUUAGGUUCAGCCAUUGUAACUGUUCGGAAUCCACAAACCAUUCCUACUGACGGUCAGAAUUUCUUCGAAUAUAUCCUUGAAUUUAUUCGAGAUGUGAGCAAAACCCAGAUUGGAGAGGAAUAUGGUCCAUGGGUUCCCUUUAUUGGAACUUUGUUUCUAUUUAUUUUUGUUUCUAAUUGGUCAGGGGCGCUUUUACCUUGGAAAAUCAUAGAGUUACCUCAUGGGGAGUUAGCCGCACCCACGAAUGAUAUAAAUACUACCGUUGCUUUAGCUUUACUUACGUCAAUAGCAUAUUUUUAUGCGGGCCUUAGCAAAAAAGGAUUAGGUUAUUUCGGUAAAUACAUACAACCAACUCCAAUCCUUUUACCCAUUAACAUUUUAGAAGAUUUCACAAAACCUUUAUCACUUAGCUUUCGACUUUUUGGAAAUAUAUUAGCGGAUGAAUUAGUAGUUGUUGUUCUUGUUUCUUUAGUACCUUCAGUGGUUCCUAUACCUGUCAUGUUCCUUGGAUUAUUUACAAGUGGUAUUCAAGCUCUUAUUUUUGCAACUUUAGCUGCGGCUUAUAUAGGUGAAUCCAUGGAGGGACACCAUUGA